AUAAAUGAGCUGUAGCAUUGCACCAUUGCUUAUGGUGCUUCAUUCUCAGGGCAAACAGGAGGGCUUUCAUGGCCAUGAACUUUCAGCAGAUCAUGUUGGACUAAUGAUUAAUGCAGACAGGUAGAAUAUCUGGCUUAUAGACUAAAGCAGGAUUAGUUUUUUAUUCCUGCGCUAAACAAGUACACAAUACAGAAAUACACAAGGGUUUCCUCUUAUUGACAGACCUUUUCUGGAUGAAGAGAUGGCUUAUCUUUUUCAUCGGCCUAUCCACUUGACUGCAUGGCUUCUGUUUUUGAUUGCUAUCAUUAACUUUACUGAAACUGGGAAGCUUCUGGUGAUACCUCAAGAUGGAAGCCACUGGCUCAGCAUGAAUGCUGUUGUCAAGAAGCUCAGUGAAAAGGGUCAUGAGGUAACAGUGGUGGCACCAGAAAUUAAUUUGCUCUUAAAGGAAUCAAAGCAUUAUAAACAGAAAACCUACCCAGUGCCAUACAAAAAGGCAGAUCUUGAUGCUGGAUUUCGAAAGUUUGCUUCCAACCUUUUCCGUAAGGUUUCUUUUCCUUACACAAUUCUUCAAGAAUAUCAGAACAACAUGUAUAUAAUAAAUAUGUUUUUCUACAACUGUGACAGCCUUCUGAGGAACAAAGAAAUCAUCAAGUACCUGGAAGAGACUCAGUUUGAUGCACUUUUCACAGAUCCAGCUUUGCCAUGUGGAGUCAUCCUCGCUGAACAUCUUUCCAUUCCUUCCGUGUACUUCUUUCGUGGAUUCCCAUGCAGUUUAGAGCAUGCAAUUUGUAAAUCUCCAAACCCUACUUCCUAUAUCCCAAGAUGCUAUACCAGGUACACAGACCAAAUGACUUUCAUCCAACGUGUGAUUAAUCUGUUUGUCAAUUCUGUAGAAACAUCACUUUUUAAAACUCUGUAUAAUAAGUAUGAAGAUAUUGCUUCAGAAUUUCUACAAAGAGAUGUUCACUUACCAACACUUUACAGAAAUGGCUCUGUCUGGCUUUUACGGUACGACUUUGUAUUUGAGUAUCCCAGACCUCUGAUGCCAAAUAUGGUCUUCAUUGGAGGGAUAAAUUGUGAAGAAGGCAAAAUCCUGCCACAGGAAUUUGAAGCCAUGGUAAACAGUUCUGGCGAACAUGGCAUUGUGGUGUUUUCCUUGGGUUCAAUGGUUUCUGAAAUUCCAAUGAAAAAAGCUAUGGAGAUUGCUGAAGCGUUUGGAACAAUACCUCAGACGGUGCUAUGGAGAUAUACAGGAGAAACACCCCCCAAUCUUGCAAAGAACACAAAGCUUGUGAAGUGGCUACCGCAAAAUGAUCUGCUUGCUCAUCCCAAAGCCAGGGCCUUUAUCACUCAUGCUGGCUCCCAUGGGGUCUAUGAGGGAAUCUGCAAUGCAGUACCAAUGGUGCUGAUGCCGCUUUUUGGAGAUCAGAUGGACAAUGCAAAGCGGAUGGAAUCACGAGGAGCAGGAGUGACUCUGAAUGUGGUUGAAAUGACUUCCAAGGAUUUAUCUGAUGCACUGAAGGCUGUUAUUUAUGAUAAAAAGUAUAAAGAGAACAUCCAGCGUCUCUCAGCUCUCCACCUGGACAGGCCCAUUGAACCUCUUGACCUUGCGGUGCAUUGGGUGGAGUUUGUGAUGAAGCACAAGGGGGCUGCCCACUUGAGGCCGGCAGCACAUGACCUCAACUGGAUCCAGUAUCACUCUCUUGACGUCAUUGCCUUCCUCCUGGCUGUUGUACUCCUUGCCCUAUUUAUCUCACUGAAGUGCUGCCUGUUUUGCUGCAGAAAGUGUUGCUGUAAAAGUGGAAGGAUGAGCAAGAAAAGCAAAUCAAAAUCACACUGAAAUGGGGUGGAGCAUGAAGAUGAAGAGGAACAGAAGAAACUGGGUCCUGCUCUUGGGGUUCAGAAGGCAGAGGCAGCCAACAUGAUGUCCUCCAGAGGUUUUGGAUUGCAACUCCCAUCAGACCUAGCUAGCAUGGUCAGAGACGACAGGAGCUGUGGUACAAAAUAUCUGGUGGGCACUAUGUUGUCUACCCCUGUCUUAAAGCAUCCUUCCUCAGUCUCAUUCCCAAUUUGCAGGAGCUCUUAAAAACACAUACAUGAUGAUUUGCAAGGUCACUUCCAUGCCUAUAUAUGAAUUCAAACUAAUUUAGUCAAUGAACAAGCAAUCUGAUAGCCAAGGGACCUGUGAACUUCCAUACAAAUCCCACAGUUCUGUAGUCGAUUGAUCUGUUGGGGAAUCAAUUGUUUGCAUAACUUAUCUUGAACUGAUGGGUCGAGGUCCACACAUGGGGUCAGUGGUGCCACCAGCGUUUUUGAGGGAGGUUUAUUUUAAUAGGAAGAGAGAGAUGGAAAACACAACGUUCAGAUAGCAGAGAAAGGAAGCUGGGCUACCUUUAACAAUUGAGUGAGAGAGUGGACUCUGACAAGUGGAUCAUAUUGCACAAGGUUGAUAAAAGCUGCUUAUGGGAAUGCCGCCUUCCAUAGGAACCCCCUGCCCCCUCAUCCUGGAAAGAGAAGAACAAGGUGUGGCCUUAUAAUGCCACUAAAUAUAAGGAGAAGGAGGACAGGCAUAUGCAAUAUAUUUAAAGUGGAACCUGCUUUGCUGGUGGACUGAGAAGGUUGGCUAUUAAUGGUAUCCAUGAGCCAUUCCCGUGUUAGUUGGGUGGGUUACUGGUGUCUAAAGUCAAUCCAAGUCCAAGCACUUUCCAAACAUAAAUGCCUUCACAGAUGACCCUCUCCCUUUGAAAUGGCAGCACAGCCGUGUUUGUUGGCUGCAAGUGUUAAUUAGAACAUUAGAACAAACUCCUGUUUCCCCUCCAACUUCAGAAAUGUUAUUGUGACAGCAACUCCUGUAAUAUUAAGAAGACAGUGAACAUCCUUGUGAGCACCUUACUAAUACUGCCGGUUUGGCUGUCUAUAAGGGGCCCUUUUCAGAAACAUCCUGUACACAGAAACAUAAGAUCAGUGGUCCAUUUAAUCCAGCAUCCUGUUUUCAUGGUAGUCACUUUGGAUACCCGUGGGAAACUGGCAAGCCAGGACCCAAGCCCAAGAGCCCUCUCCCCUCCUGUGGGUUCCAGCAACUGGUAUUCAGAAUUAUUACAGCUUCCACCCAGAGUAGGGCCAUUAUGGCUAGUGGCCAUUGGGAGUCUCCUCCUCCUCCAUGAACAUGUUUGAUCCUCUUCUAAAGCCAUCCAGGUUGGUGGCCGCACUGUCUCUUGGGGGAGGGAAUUCCAUAGUUUAACUAUGAGCUGUGUGAACAAAUACUUUAUCUGUCCUGAAUCUUCCAAUAUUUGGCUUCGUUAGGUGUCCAUUAUGUCUAGUCUUAUGAGACAGAGACAGAUAUUCAGAAACUUGGAACAAUAAUUUUGUGAGAAUCUUGCAUUGCAGGAGGUUAGAUUAGAUUACCCUUGGGGUCCCUUCCAACUCUAAGAAUCUAAGAUGUUAGUUGGAAUCUCCUUUAUUGUGUCCUGAAGCCAUUGGUUUGAGUCCUACUCUCUGGAUCAGGAGAAAACAAGCUUGCUCCAUCUUCCAUGUGACAGCUCUUGAUAUUUGAAGAUGGCCUUCACAUCUCCUCUCAGUCUCCUCUUUACUAAGCUGAACAUACCCAGCUCCUUCAACCGUUUCUCAUAAGGCUUGGUUUCCAAACCUUUGAUCAUCUUGGUUGCCCUCCUCUGCACAUGUUCCAGCUUGUCAAUAUCCUUCUUAAAUUGUGGCACAGGUGUGGUCUGACCAAGGUAGACUAGAGUGGUACUCUUACUCCCCUUGAUUUGAACACUAUACUUCUGUUGAUGCAGCCUUGAAUGGCACUAGCUUUUUUUCCUGCUGUAUCACACUGUUGACUCAUGUUAAGCUUGUGGUCCUCUAAGACCCCAAGAUCCUUUUCAUAUAUACUACUGGCAAGCCAGGUGAAACUCUAAUUAGGCCAGCAGUUGCACCUUGGCUAGGUCACCUGGAAGAAAUGACCAAAUGCAAGUAUUAUUCAGAUAAAUCAGUCUCCUAACUGUAUUUAACAUACCUUCAAAGUGAGAGUUUCUCCCCCAUUUGAAAUCACUGUGCCAUGCUAAUUAAUUAAACUCUGCUGAUCUCUGUGACUGCUGUUCUGCAAAUAAAUCUCAAAUAAUA